AAAAUAAUAGAUUACAAUGUUCUUUAAAUUCACCGUCAUCCUUUUUAUUAUUCAUUGUUAUUAUUUUAUUUUAUUUCUGUGGAAGCAUAGCUUUUUAAGUAAUCUUUCACUGUCAGCUUGUGAGUCCCACAGGCUCAGAUAUCUUCGAGUCUCCGAAAUGAGGACCCAUUUUGAAGUCAUAACAACGAACUCCUCCAGCUAGCGUCUGCAGUUCUGUCAUUCCUACCAGGCUACCACUUCCACUCACUGCUUUUUCCGCUCGUAAACUCUUGUUUACAUGCUCAAUGCAAUCAUUUUCUGAAAGGCGGGAGGUUUUUUUCCUUACUUCGUUUUCAACUUUCAAAUAGUAUGCGUGGUGGCUUCAGGGUCCAAGUCUCAGAUAAAUUCUCAAAUGCCCGCGUCUUGUCCAGCCAGCUCACUGUAGUUCUCGCUUGAUUUUCACGGCUUCAUCCCUUCUUCUCUCUCUUCUCAUUCUCGAGCCUGCUGAAGCACACUCACAGUCACACACGAACGAGGGCUUGUGAUUUCGCACAUCUCACGACAUUUUGAAGUCACUAAUUCAUCAAUACAAGAGUCACAAUCUCGGCAGCAAUGGUCCUAGGCUUGAGAGGAAAGAAUAGGAGAAGUGCCACUGUUCAAAUUGAUUACCUCGUUCAUAUACAGGAGAUUAAACCUUGGCCCCCUACUCAAUCCCUCAGAUCCCUUCGUUCUGUAUUAAUGCAAUGGGGAAAUGGCGAAUGCAGUUCAGGUUCUACCAAUCUUGUUGUCCCCUCUCUUGGUUCUGUUAUCGGUGAAGGAAAAAUUCAAUUUAACGAGUCAUUUAAACUUCAUGCAACUUUGUUGAGGGAUAUGUCUGUUAGAGGCGGUGAUGCUGAUGUAUUUCAAAAGAAUUGUUUGGAGUUCAACUUGUAUGAGCCUCGAAGAGAUAAGGCUGUUAAAGGCCAGUUAUUGGGAACGGCUAUCAUAGAUUUGGCAGAUUAUGGUAUGCUCAAAGAGGCGUUGAGCAUUAGUGCUCCAUUGAACUGCAAGAGAAACUACAGAAACACAGAUCAGCCACUUUUGUUCAUUAAAAUUCAGCCUGUUCAAAAGGAUCACAAUAGCUCGUCUUCAAAGGACAGGUUGUCAAAAGCUAUGUCAAAGGGAAGUGGUGUUGGUGACUCUGUUUCGGAAUUGAUGAAUGAAGAAUACACUGAGGAAGCUGAGAUUGCCUCUUUUACUGAUGACGAUAUUUCCUCACAUUCAUCUGUGGCUGCAGUUACUUCCGUCCUUGAGUCCAUUGGAAAUAGAACUCCUGAACUUCAAGAGAAUGGAUCUACUCAAAACACAGAUGGGAAUGAUAAAGAGCAUGCGCUGGAUUCAGAAAAAAGGAUUGAAAAAUUGAAUAUAAUACCGCAAGAUACAUAUAAGAAGCUGGAGAGGAGUUCGCCAUACACAUCAUCAGUAGAUGUAUCAUCUGAUCUUGGGAGUCCACUAAAUGGUCAAACUUCUAUUAGUUCUCAUCAUAGUUCAGUGACAUCCCAAAAGCAUGUUGUCUCAUCAAUCGUUCAUCGUUCUUCCCCAUCUUUAGCACUUGACAACUUAAAUGAAAAUCCUAGGACCAAGACUGGCAGCAGUUACUACGAGCAUUUGAAUCAGCAUGUUCAAAUAAACGCUGAUACAAGUAGAACUAUAACUACUGAUGCUCAAUUAAACCGCAAUGAAUGCACUUCUCAUGGUUAUCCUUGCAACACAGCAUCUCCAGAUAAUAAUCACUAUGUGGGAACGAAUCCUGGCACUGCAAACAAGGAUGGUUCUGAAAUCAACGACAAACUUUAUAAGGGAUGUGAGGAAGCUGAAAAUUAUCACGUGGAAAGCAUAAGUGAUAAAUUUUACUGUAGUUCUGUUAAUGAUAAACAUGCAAAUGAAAUUUCUAAUUUGUAUAAGCUCUGCCAUGUGACAGAUGAAAAUUCUGGAACUGAAGGUGUCAAAGAUCAAAACCCAUUGAGUACAAGUGCAUAUACUUUAGAUGGGACAAAUAUUGUUUUGAAAGACAAUAGUCUGAAAAGUGAAAGAUUAAAGCACGUAAAGUCUGUAAGGUCACCUACAGACUCAACAUUGAGUACUGGAUCACCUGGCAGUAAUCAUCAUGAUGAAGUAAAGGAUGCUGGCAUGGUUGGAGAUGUGCAAAAUAAUGGAGGGAAUAUCAGAGUCAGUGACAAAAAAGAUGCCAAGGUUUAUCCAAAGGAAGUAAGGAGUUCAAUUUCAGACCGCAAAAUCAAUCUUUUGGAAAGCAAGAUAAAGAUGCUUGAAGGAGAGUUAAGAGAAGCUGCAACUAUAGAGGUUGCUCUAUAUUCUGUAGUUGCUGAGCACGGAAGCUCCAUGAGUAAGAUAUAUGCCCCAGCUCGGCGCCUUUCUAGGCUCUAUCUUCAUGCUUGUAAAGAAAAUCUUCGAUCAAGAAGGGCUGGAGCUGCUAAAAGUGCUGUUUCUGGACUAGUACUUGUUGCAAAAGCGUGUGGAAAUGAUGUCCCAAGGUUGACAUUUUGGUUGUCUAAUUCUAUCGUGUUAAGAACAAUUAUAUGCCAAACCACCAAAAAUGUAAUGCCUUCUGUUACUGCUGGACCUAGCGUAAAAAGGAGAAUUGGGGGAGAGGGGAAUGACAAGAUAACUCCCUCACUGCGAUGGAAGGGAUCCUCUCCCAGAAACAAUGAAAACACCACUGUUGAGCAAGAAGGUUUUGGUAAUUGGGAUGACCCCCUUGUAUACAUAUCAGCACUGGAAAAGGUAGAAGCUUGGAUCUUCUCUCGCAUUGUGGAAUCUAUAUGGUGGCUGACUAUGACUCCACACAUGCAUCAAGUUGAUGCGAAGGUCACCGAAAAAGGUGUGGGCUCUUCCUCAUGGAAAACCUUUGGAAGGAUGUCUAGCUCAUGUGAUCAUGAACAGGGGAAGUUUUCACAAGAUAUUUGGAAGAAUGCCUUUAAGGAAGCCUAUGAAAAGCUCUGUCCUAUUCGUGCUGGAGGGCAUGAGUGUGGUUGUUUGCCAGUGCUGUCUAGAUUGAUAAUGGAGCAAUGCGUGGCAAGAUUAGAUGUGGCUAUGUUCAAUGCUAUUCUUCGUGAAUCUGCUGAUGAAAUCCCAACUGAUCCUGUAUCCGAUCCAAUCAGUGAUCCUAAGGUUCUUCCUAUUCUCCCUGGAAAAUCAAGCUUCGGAGCUGGUGUGCAGCUAAAAACUGCGAUUGGGAACUGGUCUAGAUGGCUUACUGACCUAUUUGGCAUUGAUGAUGAUGACUCGCUUCAAGACAACGAUGACCCUGACUUAGCUAAUAAUGAUGGGAGCCAGAAUGCAUCUUGCAAGUCCUUCCAUCUUCUUAAUGCACUAAGUGAACUCUUGAUGCUUCCUAAGGAUAUGCUGCUGGGUGCAUCCGUCAGGAAAGAGGUAUGCCCUAUGUUUAGCGCACCAGUAAUCAAGAGGAUUUUAAACAAUUUUGCCUCAGAUGAGUUCUGCCCUGAUCCAAUUCCAACUGCUAUUUUUGAAGCUCUAGAUUCAGAGGAUGAUCUCGAGGAUGAUGGAGUGCGUGUCAAAAACCUCCCAUGCAUUGCGACCCCCACAGUCUAUAUAACUCCCGCUGUAUCUUCCAUAGCAAACAUAAUUGGGGAGGUCGGAAGCGAACCUAAACUGAGAAGUAGAUCUUCCGUUCUAAGGAAGGCAUACGCCAGCGAUGAUGAGCUCGAUGAAUUAAACUCUCCCGUGUCUUUGAUAUCUAACGAUGGUUUCAUGUCCAAAGCACAUUCUACAAAACCCACUUGGAAGUCGAAAGAAAUUCAAAAUUCAUUUGCUGUCAGAUAUAAACUCCUUACGGAUGUAUGGGCGAACAGCGAAUAGUCCCGCAGAAUCUGCCAAAAGAUGCUACUCUCUGCCUGCUACCUUUCCGAUAUACCACUUGUACAAAAGAAACGGCUAUCUCCCCUUAGUUGGGCAGAUCAGAAAUAACUUGAUAACACUAUGUAAAUUAAUAAUAUUUAGACGAUCACUACAUACAGCUUAGUACAUAAUACAGGGUCCUAGAACAGACGUCUGUUAGAUUGAGGCCGUUCUAUCCUAUACGCUUGUUUCUAAUUUUGUUUGAAAACAGCUGGUCCCAAAAUGGAAAUGUGGAAUGAAAGUCUCAAAUAGAUUCGAAUAUCA